AUGGAUGUCCACUUCAUUAGAGAAAAGGUUGCAGCCAAAGAAUUAUUACUAACAAAUGUUGACAAUUCUUCUCAUGAGCCAAGACUGAGAUUAAAGGCAUUUUUUGGAUCAUUAUAUAGAUGCCUGGCAAGGGGAGAAAGAGCAACGCUCCGAGUAUAUCCUGAAAACCUAGCCCAGCGUGAACUAAUUUUGAGUUAUGCAAUGCGUGCUGGAUUUGCUGGUGGUGUGGUUGUUGACUACCCACACAGUACCAAAAGUAGAAAAGAAUACCUUGUCCACACUUGUGGCCCGCCAAAAGGUGAAGAUAGAGAGAGUUGCUCCGAUGAUGAGAGCAGUGGAGAUGAAGAAAAUCAGACGGUUAGCAUUUCGGACAGGCAUAGACCUAGGAAAAAGCAGAAAAUAAACAAGAAAGGAAAGGGCAGAGAAUGGGUGUUGAGGAAGAAGGAACAGAUGAGAAGGAAGGGGAAUGCCGUUCCCCCAGACACCAAAUACACAGCUCGAAAACGCAAAGCUCGCUUCUGACGAUGGCUAUUAUGUUAUAAUCUUGAACAUGCCGGUUCCGGAAUUUUUGGCGAUGAGCUCGUUUACAUAGUAAUUACUAUAGUGGCUAAUAUAUGUUUUUUGUUCUUGUAUUGAUAC